AGGCCAUGAGAACGUGGGGGCUUGACCGAGGAGGUACCAAAUACAAAGCAAACCUAGAAAGCCCUUUUAUCAUGAUGCAACACUUGUGUACUCUCUCUCUCUCUGGCUGGGCUGCUUUAUUAAUAUUGUCUUUGGUCGGUCGACAAUCUGUGAGUUGUGUGUUCACUGUGUUGUGUUGUGUUUGUGUUUCCUGCCCCCCCGCCCCUCUCUCUCUCUCUCUCUCUCUCUUCUGCUGCCGCACCGUCACUAGCAGAGCAAUGAUACACAUUGGACCAAUCAGAAAGCAACUAUAUUCUAAUAUUCUUUAGUUUUUUUAUGUGAGAUACCCAGUCUUCUGAUAGCAAAAGAAAGAAAUGGAUAGUGAGAGAGAGAGAUAGAGAGAGAGAGAGGGUGAAAUGCCGUAAGAAGAAAGGAAAGGAAAGGUGUGUGACCAACAACAGUACUUCCACACCUCUAUAUAUUAGGGGGUGGGGUGGAAAAACCAAAAAGAUGCACAAGGCCAAAAGGAAAGCUUUGCUCAAGCUCAGGAUAAAAAGGGUUCCGCCUCAUCUCCCCCACAAAGCCUGUGCCAGAAAACCCAACUCAUAUAUAUAUAUAUAUAUACAGAGAGAGAGAGAGAGAGAGAGAGAGAGAGAGAAAUUAGCAGGAAAGACCAAAGACCCUUUCUUUCUUCAUCCCUAAUCAAAUCAAGCCGUGUCUUUACUUCCUUUUCCCUUCUCUUCCUUAAUAUCCCUUUUGGCCCCCUUCCCCCAGAGCCAGUCCAAUUGAUCUUUGAUCAUUUUCUUUAUAUUCUCCCUUUUCGUCUUUAUCUGAUGGAAAGUCGAGAGAUGAUUAGGGAACAACCCUAAAGUCCCUGAAUUCCCAACUUGUUUUCUUGAUUCACACAUACAUAUAUAAAGAUAUAUAUACAUAUACACAGUGAAGCCAACAGGUAUAUAGCCAUGGAUAUGAUGUGUGGGAAAAAGGAAGAAGAACAAGGCGACUGCUCCCAGAGUAUUCACAACAUGCAAACUUACCAAGAGCAAUUCUUCCUCCAUCAACAGAUGCAACACCAAAACAGUACCGAUGCGUUUAUAAACGGAGCUAGGUCAAGUUUGAUCUUCCCCGAUGUCUCUCCAAUCCUCCCAUGGUCCCUCCCGCCGGUUCACUUGAACCCGGUUCGCGACAACGACCCGUUUAUCGUCCCUCCAGCACCGUCGCCGUACGGCGGUUUAUUCAACAGAAGAUCGCCGGCUCUGCAAUUUGCCUACGAUGGUUCAUCGUCGGACCACCUCCGGCUCAUAUCGGACGCGCUCGGCCAGGUGGCUCAGCCGGGCUCUGCGCCGUUCGGCCUCCAGGCAGAGCUGGGUAAAAUGACGGCUCAAGAGAUCAUGGAUGCCAAAGCCCUUGCGGCUUCCAAGAGCCACAGUGAAGCCGAGAGGAGACGGAGGGAGCGAAUCAACAACCACCUUGCCAAGCUCCGCAGCUUACUCCCCAGCACCACCAAAACGGACAAAGCUUCAUUGCUGGCUGAAGUGAUACAACAUGUGAAGGAACUUAAACGCCAAACUUCUCUGAUUGCGGAGACGAGUGUGGUGCCUACUGAGGUUGAUGAACUAACCGUAGAUGCAUCGGACGAAGAUGGCAGGUUUGUGAUCAAAGCUUCACUGUGCUGUGAAGACAGGUCCGAUCUCUUGCCGGACCUCAUUAAGACAUUGAAAGCUUUGAGACUCAGAACGCUGAAAGCUGAGAUUACAACUCUGGGUGGACGGGUAAGGAAUGUCCUGCUUAUUACCGGCGAAGAAGAAUCCGGCGGCGGUGGAGACCAGCAGCAGCAGCAAUACUCUAUAAGUUCGAUCCAGGAAGCUUUGAAAGCAGUAAUGGAGAAGACAAAUGGGGACGAGUCUUCUUCGGGGAGUGUUAAGAGACAAAGAACCAAUGUGAAUAUCCUUGAUCAUAGGUCUCUUUGAACAAGAUUUUCACUAUAUGUUCACUCUUAUUUCCCCCUUCUUUUUGUGUGCCUUUUGUUUGGUUUCCUUUUCUUUGGGUGUGUCUUGCGCAUUUUCAUCUUCAAAAAACUAGGAUGGUGGUGUCAUUAUGUUUUCUUCAUUACUCCUGCAUGGACUCCCGACCGGUCGAUCAGCCAUGGCUUGAAAGUAGUGCUCCGGUGAGUUCCUCUUUCCUUACUUGAUCUCUACUCACCUUCGCAAAUGCUUAUGGUCUUUCCCCUUGUUAAUUUAUGAAGAAAAAAGAAAAGGGAAAAACCAUUUAGAGAGAGAGGGAGUGGAUUGCUCGUGGUUGUUGGGCAUUCCAAUUUCCUUGUGUUUGGUUUGGUUGUACACAAUGCUAGUUGCGGAGAGAGAGUCUGAUUGGUUCGUUAGGAGGAAAGGAACAGUGUAGGGAUCUUUUUCGUGAGGAGAGAAACCUUAGAUCAAGUCCCAACAUAGAAAAUGUUGGACUUUGAUUGCUUGGAGCUAUAUAGUCCGGUUUUGAAGCAAACAAGCAGUUUGGAGUUUUGUUUCAUAUAGUGACAUUUGUUAUCUCCAUCUCUCGUCAUCAGUGAGUAGCAUUUAUGAUCAUAAGCAUGGUGACGAUAUACUUGUCGUCAUCUCUAUGCAAGCAAUGCGUUGGCCGGCCCCACACUCACCAUCUCCACCAUCAUCUCCUCCGCCUGCAGUUGUUUGGUCAUCAGGCUUCCAGCUGAAUCUCUGGUCUCUCCAUUGUGCGGAAAGCAAAAGGGAAAAAACAGCCUCGAAGAAGCAUGCAACUAAUAAGUCAGAAGAGCUAGCAGCCAGUGAUGGAGUCCUCAAUGUGGGAAAUAUAUAUAUAUAUAUAUAUAUGUAUGUAUGUAUGUACACAGGCUACGUAAUGUGGCCCAGCCCCCCUUUUUUUGUUGUGAUAUUUCCCUUUUUAUUUUCCUUACCGUGGAAGUGUAUUGGUCUGCAGUACUACACCACUAGUUUUCUCUGGUGCGGUUUAUGAAUUAUACAUUCUAGAUUACAUAAUAUAUAUUGUGCUCGGCUUAGGGUUUGAUCUGGGAACUGCCAACUCUUUUUAGUAUAUAUAAACUGUUGGAAAAAAAAUUAUACC